AUAUGUAAGCUGUUUUCGGAAGACAGACUUCGCCAACUUGACUGUAAAUCAGUGAGGAACAUUACCGUUUCCGUUUUAUACACACGUUGCCGGAUGUGAUAUUCCCUUUAACUACGCUCGGUUGAAGUCACCUCUCCUCCGCGUCCCUCCUUCCUCUGGCGAUUCUACUCUAAUUUCUUACUAUUACACGCGUUGUCCUGGAUGUCUGUUUUACGCAGGCACUCGGAGAAGCGAAUUCAUUGGCGCACUUUUUGAUGAUCGGUGACGUUGCGCGUAACGUAAUGGGGCACCAGCCAUGGCAGUGUCAAGUUUCUCCGCCUGACACUCCUACCGCUGAUCGGCGUGCCGCAUCGUCAGGAAAAUUAACUUCGUAUGCCUUCGGUGCUUGGUAUGAAUUAUUUCCUGAGGAACGUAAAACUUCGGUUGUGUGCUCAGGAAAAUCUCUUGUCUAAACACGAAGUAUAUAAUUAAAAGUGCAGCAUGGGGAGGGGAGGACAUAUUUAUUAAGAAACAAGAAAGGAAAGGUCAGCCAGACGGAGUUCGGCUUGCUAUUCCAAGAAAAGGACAAUGGGAAAGAAAACAAAAGGAAAAAGAAGAAAAGAAAAUGACAAGCACAAAGGACAAAGGGAAAGAAAAGAACAGGAGAGGAAAAAAGGAGAAAAGGGGAAAGAAAAGUCUAAGAUAAAGAGGAAAGAAAAGGAAAAGAAGGAAAGAAAAGCGAAGACAAAGAGAAAAGAAAAGAAAAAUAUCCUUUAAGAGCGAGUGCAGUAACUGGAAGGAGCUUUAAAAAAAUGCAUGACCUGUCAUCAUACCUGGAGGGCUUUCAUGAAUGCUCUUUUCCCUAGUGGCCAUUAUAUUGGAAAAAGCAAUCCAGGUGUGAAAGGCGGAGUUUCGAACGGUGAGGCGGAGAUUUUGGCAGAAAACGUCUAUGCAGGGCUUUAAUUGGGAGCUCACUGUAAGAGACGAGGACUACGCUAUGAGUGCUGAAGUGUACCAGAGCCGUGCCAUUUCGCCUGCAUACGGUAAGACGAUUGACCAAAGGAAGAACGAAGUUGUGGAAGAGUACCCUUCUCCUCUCGUUAUAGAGGAUGUCGAGCAGUGUAAGAGACUCACCAGGGACCAGCAGCAUCAGGGACGAAGGCAAUGUCAACCAAAUGCCAGCCAAAAGCGCAUACAAUCCUUCAUAGUCUUAUUUAGUAUUCCUGACGACUUCAAGCUCUUGGGAAACGCAUACGACUUGUUCCUAAGACUAUGCCCUCCGAAGCACCCGGAAUUCAAAAAUAUCGCCACACGUCUGCGAAGCUACCGGAAUGGAAGCGGCGUUCACUGGAAGAGCAGAGGCCCUUUGUCAGUAGCAGGGCUGUUUUUGAGCGGGGACAUCGUGCUUUGUUUUCACUGUGGUGGUGCUCAUGGAGGGUGGAGUGAGGGAGAUGACCCGCAUGUCGAACACAGCCGCUGGUAUCCAGAGUGCUUCUUCACCAGAUUCACAUUAGGGGAUAAUGUGGUCAAUUUUAUCCGCAGGGAACACCAUACGUACCUGAACAGGCUUGAAGAACGCGGACGCACAGAGACUAAGGGCGCAGUAAAGGCGCUAGUGGACGCUCGCUUUGGCAGUGAAGACAUCCGUUUUUAUGAGGCUUCAGGAAUUAAAGUACAAGUCCUGUACCUCGCAGCAUCUUCGCUGAGAGAGGAUGCUUCCAAAGAUGACAUCGAGGCGAAACUCUCUGAGCUUUGCACCUUCAGACUGGAGUGGAGAACAAUACCACGUGUCAAUCAAUGCUCAGAUCGCACGUUGGCAUGUCCGGGGCAUGUCCCUGAUAUGUUACGACCUGAGGACCAGCCAGGACCUUCCCAACCGUUCGAACUAGCAGGUCCGACUGGUGGAUUUGGAUAUUUAAACCGCUCCAGGUACCCUAAGUACGCGGACCUGUCGAAAAGGUUGGCUACAUUCGACCGGUUCCCGCACACUCCCACGGAGCUCCUCAAUCCUGGAAGUAUGGCUAACUCUGGGCUGUUUUACGCAGGGGAAGGCGAUAACACAACCUGCUUCCACUGUGGAGGUGGACUCUCGCACUGGGAACCUUUCGACGAUCCAGCCAAGGAACACAUGAGAUGGCACCCAAGCUGCGAAUACAUCCUGUGGAUGCUAAGGCAUACGUCGUCCGCACAUUUGGGACCACCUGAUAACAUAAGGCCUAUGGGAAGUUGCCCUGGAGCAUCCGUCACGACAGAUCAUGUGACCGUGAUGCCGCCAGUGCUGCCCGAACGAACAGCAGACGUAACUAGGCCCCAGAACCCGGGAACCGUCCAGCGCCAAGAAGCUAACGGAGCGACAUACCAGACCGAGAGGCACAUUAUACCACAGAAGGAACCAGCAUACCGCCGGUACGCAACGUUGGCAGACAGAGAGGCAUCUUUUCAAGGCUACCCAGCGAUUGCAAAGAGAAAUACGCAAAAAAUGGCGAAGGCGGGCUUUUUCUACACAGGGACUGAGGACCGUACGACGUGUUUUCAGUGUGGAAACAGCGUUUGUAGUUGGGAUGUUGACGAUGACCCAUUGGUGGAACAUGCCAGAUGGUUCCCGGAGUGCCCGUACGUCGAACUCCAGCUUGGUGACCUGGCCAUCAACGACGUUACGCAGACGCACCGAAACCUGAUUGCGGAACAACAUGAAGCAGAAAUGAGCAAGUCUGACGGGCUAACCGAAAUGAUGCUGCACCAUCUGAUGUCAGCGUAUGUCGUUCGCCGUCUGCUUUCCCAAGGCAUUGACGAUUUCCUCAUGGACUUGGCGAUUCGAACAAGGUUAAACAGCACUGGAUUGAUUGACGUCUUGGAUGAACAAGACGUUCGCAGAGCACUAGCUGAUGUCAUCUCCCUGCCAAAGAAUGGCAGAACAUUGGAAGUUCCAAAAGCUGAUAGCGGUGAUCUCAGCAAGUGCGUUAUGUGCGGAACGGAAGGCCGACACACCAUUUUCUUUCCCUGCAAUCACCUUGUAGCCUGCAGAGGAUGUGCAUCGCAUUCCACCGUUUGUCCCUCCUGCACCCGUCCGAUUACGAGCAGAAGGGAUGUCUUCUUGGCCUGAAGAGGGUAUAUUAAAGAAAAUGGCGGCUGGCACCUGUCAAGAGACGUGUGCAACCUGUUGACAAAGACUUGAUCAAUAAACCAAUCAAUUCACCCCAUCAAAGUUGGAGACAAGAAACGAAACGA